GCGUCACUUUCCGUCACAGCUAAGGUAUAAGAGCGGUAUCAUCCGUCACUAGGAACAAAGGUGGCAUACGGCAAUCACACAGCACCAACUGUUAACCAACGACAGCCACCGCUUACAAUACUGGUCAUUGCUGGACGGACUUGCUUAUCCUAUAAGUGACAUUUUUUGGGGGAUAGCUGGUGUGCGAGUUUGAGAGAACUCUAGGAUGAAAUACAUUUUACCUAUAAUACUGCUACUGCAUUGCCAUCAACUUAUCACAGGUUCAACAGACAAUGAUAACACAUCCGAGGAAAAUGGAUCCCCGCUUAACAGGGUACGACGGGGCGGGCUCAGUAUGUUGCGAUUAGGGCGUGGCCUUCAGAUGCUGCGCUUAGGCAAGCGUAGCAUGCCCAUGAACAGAAUUGGCCGAUCUCUGGACACUCUAAGCUCUGACGAACUCAAAUACCUAUUAGUAUCAGUUCUGGGGGACAAGUUUAACCAUCGUAGACAGGUGCCCCUUCCCAGGUACGGCCGCGAGGAUCGCGAGGACGCUGAGCUACAGUGGCUUUUAGAACACAUAGGAUCUGACAGGGUAAACACCGAUGAGAGCAGCGAAGGUCUCUACGAUCUUGACGAUGAAUCACCCCGACAAAUUCGUUUGGCGCCGCGCCCAGGGCGUUUUAGGCGCUCCACGGACGAACAGGACAAACAGGACGCUACACAGAAAGGCGCGUAUAUCCAAGACGUAGAGGAAGACAAAAAUGAAGAAGAAAAAGCAAUACCAUUACCGAGAGUUGGGCGCAUUCUUUACGGGGGUGAGCGUGCUCUGCCCCUCCCCAGACUGGGACGGGAUGAAAUGUAUGACUACGUUUACACUCUCGAACCCGCCAAGGAUUCUGAGGACAGUGAUGUAGACAAACGCGGAAUGCACAUGCUAAGACUCGGCCGUGGAAUGAAUAUGUUGAGACUCGGAAAACGACCAAUGAGCAUGCUCAGACUUGGUAGAAGUGAAAUCCAACAGGAAGCUAAUAAAGGAGACGACAAACGAUCUCUGAGCAUGCUCCGUCUUGGAAAACGUUUGCGUAUGCUUCGUCUUGGCAAGCGUCCCGAUGACGGUGACAGAUCAUUACGCAUGAUGCGCUUGGGUAAAAAGGACGUUGAUGAUAGCGGAUCAGACUCAGAACACAGUGUUGAAACAAGAGGCAUGCACAUGCUCAGAUUGGGAAGAAAUGUAUAUAAAUAGUAACAAUGGACCAUUAUCAAAUAGUAUAUAUUUUUGACUCUUGUACAAAAGUGUUUAUAUACAAACCGUGAUGAUUUUUAUUUAAAAGACACAAAAAAAAACCUGGGUGAAAACAUAGACUCUACAACUCAGAUCUCCGCGGGCCAGCUUAUUUAUUGAACAAAUUUAGUGUUUCUGUGUUUCCUGUUUUGUUUUGUUUGAUUGUUUAAAUAUGCAGAUUGUUUUUAUCAAACAUUAUCUUUACAUUACUAUGUAUAAAGGUUCGCCCAUUAUGCUCAUAAUAUAUAUCGUUGGAAAAUACAAUGAUGAACACCAUUCUCUUGUUUGGGUAUUUAAUUAUUGAGUUACAGGAUGUACCUUAAGAUUGUGUAGGUAAUACUCCAGUUGACAAUAUUCAAUCUAACGAUGUAUAAUUCGAUCAGAAACGUACGUAAGAUUUUAUAGGUAAUACCCGAAUUGACAAUAUUCCAUCUAACGAAUUAUAGCAUAAUUUGAUAAAAAAAAAGCAAUUAUUUUUAACAGAGCCGUUUCAAAACACACACCAUACUCAACAAAGAUUAAGAAAAGGGUUGGGAACUUAUGAAAAUAUCACUCCUUUCAAAAGUAUACAAGCAUGCAGCGACCUGAAACUUGUAUAUGGUCGAACUGUUUACCUGAAUCUACCUGGAUUCGAUCUAUGUUCGAUGUUCCCAUCUCUAGACCACCUUGAUUAAACUAUUAUCAAACUACAUAUCCGAUUAUUCAAAUCCAAACGGAAAGAAAUGACACUUAGCAAAGAUGCUAUCCCACCUAAUCAUGGAGUCAAUAAAUAUUCUUAAAUAUGGC